CUCAUCCAAAUUGACACCCGGACUCUGGGAAAUAUAUCCAGCAUCCAUCCCGUCUCCACUCUCACACACACGCUCCCUGUGUCAUCUCGACAGUCUCCACAUCAGAUCCCGCGCUGACAGCCUGUUGUUAUUUAUCGCGCAAACUGAGUGGAGAAAUGUUGAUCAAAUGCGCACUAGCCUUGCUGCUUGUCUCCGUUUUGGGUGAAUUGGUGGGAACGGAUAACGCUGACGUUCACGAGAGUCACCCUGAGAAACCGGCCAGUCAGAAGGGACGUCUCUCCUUACAGAACACAGCUGAGAUCCAGCACUGUCUCGUGAGCGCAGGAGACGUGGGCUGUGGCGUCUUCGAGUGUUUCGAGAACAACUCCUGCGAAAUCCGGGGCCUUCAGGAAAUCUGCAUGACCUUCCUGCACAAUGCUGGCAAGUUCGACUCGCAGGGCAAGUCCUUCAUCAAGGAUGCACUGAAGUGCAUGGCUCACGGCUUAAGGCACAAGUUUAGCUGCAUCAGCCGAAAAUGCCUGGCCAUAAAGGAGAUGGUCUUCCAGCUGCAGCGGGAGUGCUACAUGAAACACAACCUCUGCUCAGCUGCUAAAGACAACGUCAAUGUCAUGGUGGAGAUGAUACAUUUCCAAGACUUAUUUCCCAAAGGGCCGUACGUCGAGCUGGUGAACAUCUUGCUUAGCUGUGGAGAGGAGGUGAAGGAAGCCAUUACGCGGAGCGUGCGUCUGCAGUGCGAGCAGAACUGGGGCGCUCUGUGCGACAGCCUGAGCAUCUGUACAUCCAUCACCGCCGCUCCAGCAUCAGGCGGCCUCGAGCGACGCCCGCCGCUUUCCUCCCAGUCAGACGCCGAGCACCACAAGAGCGCUCGAACAGGAGACAAGGACAAACCCGGCAAGGUCGGCUUCAGUUCCCACACGAGAAGUCGGAGCCAAGGCCCACGGCGCGCCAGUUUAGAGACCGGCCCCGCCGAGCAGGAACACUCAAAGAUCAGCGAUAUUCGGAGGUGAAAUAGCAGGAUCACCUAAACUGACCAUGACACCCCAAUCCCCCACUUCACAGACUCAGCAGACCUCUUAAUUCAACCCAUCCAUCCUCACGUCUCCAGUCAUUCCAGUACAUUUUGCAGGGUAAAUGUGGUGCAACUUUUUUGAUACUCCAGAUUAUAGGACAUUGUUAAUUUUGUAGAAUUGCUUUUAUUUUAGUUCUAAUACAGCAUCUCUAUUUUGCAAAUCAUAUCAAUCACCUUUUUUAUUUAUUUUAUGCUUCAUGCAACGUUUGAAUAUAAAACAUGUACAUAUAAACCUAUGUAUAUCUAUAUUUAUAUAAACACAUCUAAAUAUAGCCUCCAUAUUCAGUAACGAUAUACUAUAUGUAAUAUAGUGCUUGCUGUUGUAUUAGUUACAUUAUUGCACCAAUUAUGCAUCUGACUGU